UUGUCACCAUACACUUCACCAGUUUUUCCUUCGUUUUCUUCUACUUUCCCUUCCAUUCCCUAACAACAACGUCAUCAUCAUCAUCACCAUGCCUUCUGCCGAAUCAUUGCCACCUUCCUCCCAAACAAUCUGUGUCACCGGCGCCGGUGGCUUCAUUGCAUCUUGGAUGGUAAAACUUCUCUUGGAGAAAGGCUACACUGUGAGAGGAACACUCAGAAACCCAGAUGAUCCCAAGAACGGACACUUGAAAGAGUUUGAAGGAGCCUCCGACAGACUAACUCUGCAUAAGGUUGACCUCCUUGACGUUGACUCCGUUAGAUCAGUAAUUCACGGCUGCCAUGGUGUCUUUCACACAGCUUCUCCCGUCACCGAUAACCCCGAAGAAAUGGUGGAGCCAGCAGUGAAUGGAGCGAAGAAUAUUAUCAUAGCAGCUGCAGAGGCAAAAGUACGACGUGUGGUGUUCACCUCAUCGAUUGGUGCCGUAUACAUGGACCCCAAAAGGAGCAUCGAUUUGUUGGUUGACGAGUCUUGUUGGAGUGAUUUAGAGUAUUGCAAGAACACUAAGAAUUGGUACUGCUAUGGGAAAGCUGUGGCUGAACAAGCAGCAUGGGACACUGCCAAAGAGAAAGGAGUGGACUUGGUUGUAGUGAACCCUGUAUUGGUUCUUGGACCAUUACUACAACCAACCAUCAAUGCUAGCACGAUUCACAUCCUCAAGUACCUCACUGGCUCUGCCAAGACCUAUGCAAAUGCCACACAGGCUUAUGUGCAUGUGAAGGAUGUGGCAUUGGCCCACAUACUUGUUUAUGAAAAGCCUUCUGCUUCUGGUCGAUACUUAUGUGCUGAAAGCUCCCUGCACCGUGGAGAAUUAGUUGAAAUUCUGGCAAAGUAUUUUCCUGAGUACCCAGUUCCCACCAAGUGUUCCGAUGAAAAGAAUCCCAGGGCAAAACCAUACACCUUUUCAAACCAGAAGCUCAAAGAUUUGGGAUUGGAAUUCACUCCAGUGAGUCAGUGUCUGUAUGAAACGGUUAAGAGUCUGCAGGAGAAAGGGCACCUUCCUGUUCCUGCAAAGCAGGAAGAUUCAACUACAGUGAAAUCAUGAACAAGAUAGCCCUUUUAUUUCAUUUGUCAAUACCAGUUUAAUUCUGGGUUAGCUCAUGUUGUUAUAAGAGAAUCCCACGACAGAAAACUGUAUUUGGAUUUUUGUAAAUGGACAUCAACCAUAUUGUUGCCAUUUAUGGACUUAAUGAUAUUAAUGAUAUUUUUAA